AUGAAAUCAUCGGUUAAAAAUGCCCAACAAUGUAAAACGAAUAGAGCUCGAGUCAGGCUCUUAAAAGGAAUAGCAUUAAGCCUUUGCGAUGAAUUUUCGAAGGAGAAACAAGAAUUAGAGAUUAUAGAUAAUGAAUACAAAAAUUCACUCGAAACUAAGAGAAUGAACGAGGAACGCUAUAAAGACUACAAGAAAAGUGCAGAAGAGGCUUAUGCUGCCAAAGAUCUUACAAUUGCUUCGAUUCUUUUGAAGAAAGGUCAUACAUUGACAUCGACAUUGCCUGAACGUGAUCGCCCUUCUUAUAACGAAGUUGAUAAUAACAACAGCGUUCAUAGCAAUUACAAUCAAAACCAAAUCGAUAUUGAUGUCAUAAGAAACAGGGUCCAAAAAACUAGAGCUGGAACCAAGAAAUUAACCGAAACAAUAAAUAUUCUUAACCAGGGAUUGUCGGGUCUCAAGCAAGAAAGAACGAUUAAGGAAGUUAAUUGCAAAAACUUAAACGAAAAAAAUGAUGAAUUCAAGAAAUACUUUGACGAUUACCAAAAGUUAAUUGAUGGGACCUUAACUGAUAAAAAUCUUUACAUAUUGAAUAGCUUUUAUGAUGGAGUUGAUAACAAUAAUUUAUUAAUUACUAACUAUUACACUGAUUAUCAAUAA